UGAUGCAGGAGCUCUUGAAUGUGGCAGAUGGCUCUCGUUCCUGAUACUUGAGGCACAUCUGAGGGUACGGCAUCUUCUUGGCCGUGCUAAUAUUGAAUGAACUCAUAAUGUUACUCCAAAGCGACAAAUUGCUUCGUUUCCAUAGCGACCAAGAAGCUGAGAAUUCGGAAAUGAAAGGAAAAAAUCACGCCUAACCUCUGUAUGAGGACUUACAGCUUUAGGAAAAUGGAGGUAGUCCGAAUGAAAAUCGCCCGUAUCCUGCCCCGAAUUCUCUUCGGGAACCCACCAUUCCUCUGAAACCCCGGACAACUUCCCCCCAAGAUGCGCUCAAAAUUUAAAUCUUCCAAAAAACCAUCCCAGCGGACGGUCCUCCCUCCGCCAGCGUUUUCCCCCUCCGACGGUUGAACCUCCUCGCGCGCCCCCAUGAACCAUGGACAAAAUUCUCAGUCUGGCCGAGAGCACCGCCGACCGUCUCCCACGACACGUGGAGCUGGUCCUGAGCAUUCUGCGGAAAAGCGUCGGGGACGACCCCAGGGUCCUCGUCGAGAAGUCUUUCAUCUUCCUCUGCGCGGUCAACUUCUUCGAGUGCGGGUUCGCGCUGGACGACGAUAUGACGGGUGCCCGGGCUCAUAACCUCGUGCCCCGGGCCCAUAACCUCGUGCCCACGUUCGACCUCCGCUCGGUCCACGCGUCUUGUGUCAAGGCGGCCGGCUCCUUGAAGUGCGAGGCUCCGGAUCUUCCGUUGACUCUGCGCGCCGCCGUCGACCGCGCCUUCCGCCUCGUCGUUGUCCCGGCGGCCGGUGCCUGCAUCCUCAACUUCCUCUUGUUGCCCACCCCGGAGGAGACUCGCCCGACCAUCAUCUUCUCCGUCGCCGUUCACCCUCUCGCUUUUUUGGCGCCCUCCUUCGACUGCCACGACCCUUGCUCCAGCUCUCGGCAACGACCGUCGAGAGAGAGUUUCCGGAACCUUCGGGAGCUGUCCCUCUGCAUCAAGGACAGCAUCGUCAACCCGGCGAUGAACAUAGCGCUUGCUGCGGAACCGGUGGUCAACACUCGAUCCAUCACUGGCCUGCCGUAUGAGGUUCUGCUGCACUUGGCUUCACUUUUGGACGUUUGCUCGAUCCUGAGGUUGACGAGCACUUGCAAGGAGCUGCUGGGUUUCGGGCGCGAUACAUUCCUGUGGAAGAUGCUCCUGCGAAGGGAUCUGGGGGUGGACAUGGACUGCAGCAUGGCCUACGAGGAUCUAGUUGAAGAGUACAAAAUGCGCACGCGGCCACCCAAGAUCACCUGCUGCUGCAGCUCGCCCUACUUCAGGAGCAUCGAGGACUUCCAACCUCGCAGGUACUUUACGAACCGGUCUAGCGACUCAGAGUCCUUCAAUUCCAUCGGCCCUUACGUCAUCGCUCUUCGCCAGGCUUCACCAAAUUUGAGCGUUUCCACCGAUUACUCCAACAUUAUGUCAAGACAGUAGCAUCAAAUAAAAUGAAAUAAUAAAUGAAAAAAAUUAAAUACGAUUAAAAACAAAAAAAAUU